AGUAAUCUGAAGUUUUAAAGUGACUGUAUGUGCUAAAAGAAUAAUUGUUUCGGAUCUGUUGGUGAUUUCGUUGUACGAGGACAAUUUGGUUAUACUGGCACAAUGAAGCGAGCUCGGCAUAGAUGGACGGGUGUCAGUAUACUAUGGUUAACUCUACUGAUCUCCCACCUGCCAACGGGCUCAUGCGUGAAGGCCACAUCUCUGAUAUUCGGGAAGACGACUAGCACCACGGCUGCACCUGAAGAGGUGCCUUCAGGAGCUGAUAAUGGAGCGCAGGUGGAAACGGAAGAAGGCGAGUCAACCUCCCAAAACACAACAAGGAAACUCAGCGGUAUACCUCAGAUAGACUACAUAUACGACCCUAACUUACCCAGAGAGCUGAACGGAUAUAAUCUGUCCGAAUACCCGUUUUACGAGACUGUACCCCCGCCGGAGACCAUUGACUUCAAAUGUGAUGGAUUACACGACGGAUUCUACGCUUCCGUCCCGCAUAAAUGUCAGGUGUACCAUCACUGUCUGUUCGGGACCAGAUACGAUUUCCUAUGCGCGAACUACACAGCGUUCGACCAGAAAACAUUUAUCUGCCAUUUUGUGUCUGAAGUCGAUUGUAAGAACUCGCCUAAUUAUUACAAUAGAAACGAAGCCCUGUACAAGGUAGCGUCAACAACGCCGCCUCCCCCCCCCCCCCCCGCCCCCAACAACCACGACCCCCCAUCCACACCCGUACGACCAGAAGGUCGCCGUCGACGACCUGCGUACAGAUACGAUUAUUACGACGACGAUUAUUAUGGAAGAGAUGACUAUGAAUAUGAGGAAGAUCGUCCCAGAAGACCAAGGCCUCGUGGACAGGGUAGACCUGGCAAGCGAAGGCCGUACGAUUUUGAGGAAGACAGAUAUGAAUCGCGUCCUCGCCAACGCGACGAAAUGGACGAUGACUACGAAGAAGAUCGCCGUUACGAUGAACGUCGCCUACGGCCAGCGAAAAGACCUUACGACCAACGACGACCUUACGACGAUGAGGAGCGACGACCUGGACCCAGAGCAGGAAGUAGACGACCCAGACCACGUGACGAGGAACGAUAUCGUGAUGAUGAUAGACGUAACGGACAGAGAGAUCAGAAACGUGACGACGGUAAACUAAAUGAGGGUAGAGAUAGAUUAAGAGACGAAUUGAGACCUGCGAGAGACGAAAUAAGACAGCAAGAUGAAAUCAGACCUCGUGAUGAAGUGAGAUCAAGAGAUGAAGUAAGAGCGAGAGAUGAAAUUAGACCUCGUGAUGAGAUAAGACCAAGGGAUGAAAUUAGAUCUCGCGAUGAAAUCAGACCGAGAGAUGAUUUAAGGCCGAAGGACGAAAUUAGACCACGAGAUGAAAUACGAUCACGGGAUGAAGUUAGAGCUCGUGAUGAAAUCAAGCCACGCGAUGAUCCUAUUAUUAGACCACGAGACGAGAUUAGGUCUCGUGAUGAAAGGCCACCAGAAGUCCGUCCUACAGACAAAAGACCCAGAGACGAAUUUCGACCUCGGGACGAAAGACACGAUCAAACCAGACUUCGUGAUGGACCCAGACCAAGAGAUGAAGAUAAAAGACCUAGAGACGAUAGGUACAAUACAGAAGGCAGAAGAUAUAGAGAAGAUCGUGAUAGACCUUAUAGAAACAGGGAUGAGAAACCUGAACGACUAUUAAGAGAUGAUGACAGGGAUGAGAAGCCAGAAAGAAGACCACCAACAGCUCCAGAAGGUCAAACUUUGGUGAAACCACACGGAUUUGGUAUUUUCAGUCAGCCCAGAAUGCCACCUAAAAUCAAAAGGCCAGUUCCAGCUAAUGAAAAAGAAAAAUAUGAAUACGUAACUGUUACUACUACCAAAGCACCUCCUAAAAUAAAUCCUGAUGAAGAGUAUUAUGAUGAUUAUGAAGUAGAAGAUAAUCGAAGACCCUCUUCUUCUGGCAAAACAAGUAUUGUUCAAAGACCUAGAUCCGAACCCAUAGAGAAAGAAAAGUUUAAACCUUCUAGACCACAUUUCACAAGUCCAGCUGCUAAUAAAAAUAAACCAGUUAAACCUGAGUAUGAGUAUGAAUAUUCCUAUGAACCUCCAAAAAUUCAGAAAUAUCAAAGGAAUAGAGAUGAACGUCAAAAUAUUCCAAAUCAAAAACCAUCGAUAAAAGGUGGUGAUGAUUAUUAUUACGACGAGGAAGAAAGAAAGGAAGAAACACCAAAAGUUGUCGAAGAAGAUGUAACAUAUAGGAUAAAGGAUUUGAAGCCUAAUGUAAGAGUAGUCAAACGUCCUUUUUUACCAUCUAGGGGUGGUAGUCCUUACUUGCCAAGAGGAUUGCAGCCCGUAGCUGGGAGAAACUUAUCUACUCUCCCUCAUACCACCCCUAAACCUACCACCACCACGACUACUACUACCACUACUACUACAACAACCCCAUCUCCUGUUCCUUCUACUACAACAAAACCAACAACUUAUAAACCAACAACUACGUUUAUAACUGAGAAAACAACAACAACAACAGAUGAUAUAUUUACAACACCAGCUGAAGAAUAUGAAGAAUAUUACGACGAAGAUGAAGAUGAUGACGAUAAGCACAAACCGUUAACGACGACUAUCGAAUCUGAAACUCAAACUUUUGAAAAUGAAAGACCAUCUACAACACAUGAACCGGAAGAAAAACCUACGACAUCUUUUGAACCUGUAGCUACUGAGAAAGACAUUAACGAAUCAUACAAAUCACAACAACUGAACAACAAUCAAAACACCGAAAGCAAUAAUAAAAAACCAGCACUAAAAGAAACUAAUCAAGCAGAACUUUUAGCGUCUAAAGUAUUAAACUCUUAUAACGACCAAUACGAAGCUAUUCAAAAACAACUAGAGGGUAGUUUAAACCCUACAGAAUAUUUGAAACAAUUCUAUCCCGAUGGAUUUAUUGGUAAAUCGAAACAAUCAUACCAGGCGGAAGUACCUUUUAAACCGAUACCGAAGUUUCCAGAGCUAGAAAAAGACAAACCAGAUUUCAAAACAGACUUUAAAUCAAAAGAAACGUACUCAAACGUUAAGGUAGAACCCGCUAAAGCGCCAGAAUACAAACCCAAAGACUAUGCAUAUUACAAAACAAAAAUAGAAGAACAAGCUUACAAACCAAUUGCGAAGCCCGUUCCAAAACCAGAUGUUUCAAAACCUUAUACUGCGACAGGGAAACCUGUGAUUCCAGAUGAUUCUAUAAAACAGAACCUUGCUGAUUCUGUUGAAACUGAAUAUGAUGUCCGAUUAAAUGAAGCGCUGGCCCCUAGCGUGCCCCCAACUGUAAAUAUUAGGACGCCGAGUGGUUUCGUUAUACCAUCAGAGAGAGAUUAUACCUUCUCUAGAUUUAGAAGUAACUUCUACAGUGAGCCACAAUAUGCUGCGUCGGAAUUAUUACCUUUCCAGGUGAGAAAAAGACCACAGGUGCAAGGUGUAACAAUACGUACUCCGUCGUCAUAUUUCUUGCAUCCGCAAAGGCUGUACGACGACGGCAGAACACAGAGGCAAUUAGUUUAUAGACAUACAGGAGAUUUUUUGAAUUUCUAAAUUAAAAUGGUGACGUCAUUUUGUAUAGAAGAGAAUUUGGACACGGAAGACAAAAUACAUAUUAAUUUGUUUUAUAUCCAUCAAAGUGAUUGUACUGUUUUUGAGAA